AUUUAGUGAGCCACGCGCGCGUCCCGGGUUAUCUCCACCGUGCCCCCCUCCCCAACACCCCCAACCCACCCGACCCAUCGCUGCCUGACAGCCGCAGACAUGCCUCUGUCUCUGGGGUGGCUCUCGGCUCUGUUGGCGGGUCUUCUCUGCGCUCACGUCCUGCAGACCCUCUGCUUCCCGUACUUUUGGAGGGACUUCUUUUUCCUGCUGAAGGUGGUGCGUUACGGCGUGAGGCUGGAGCUCUCCUCCAGGCUGCCGCGCGGCGUGCGCACGGUGCUGGACCGGUUCGUCCAGCAGGCGCGGCGCAUUCCGCUCAAGCCGUUCCUCAUCCACGAAGGACGCGUGCACACGUACCGGGACGUGGAGCUGCGCAGCAACAGGCUCGCCAACGUGUUCCUGGAGGCGGCGAAGCUGCGCAAAGGGGACUGCGUCGCCCUGCUCAUGAACAACGAGCCCGACUUCCUGUGCGCCUGGUUCGGCUUGGCGAAGGUCGGCUGCUCGGUGGCGUUCCUGAACACCAACAUCAAGUCCAAGGCUCUGCUGCACUGCUUCCACAGCUGCGGAGCCACAACUCUCGUUGUCGGUUCAGAUCUGGUGGAAUGUCUGGACGGCAUCCUCGGCAGCCUGCUGGAGGACAACAUUCAGGUGUGGGCCAUGAAGAGCCAGAGCGAGCACCCACAGGUGCUCUCUCUGCUGGAUAAGGUGGAGGCUGCCUCCGAUCAGCCCGUGCCGGCGGCGCUGCGUGCCAUCACCUCCCUCAAAUCCCCGACUCUCUACAUCUUUACGUCUGGAACAACUGGGCUCCCGAAGGCCGCGGUGAUCACUCACCUGCAGAGCCUGAAGGCAGCAGCAGGGUUCUGGGCCUUCGGAGCUACCGAAGACGACGUGGUGUACAUCCCUCUGCCGCUCUACCACAGCGCCGCUUCCUUGAUCGGCAUCGGAGGAACCAUCGAGCUGGGCGCCUCCUGCGUCUUGAAGAAGAAAUUCUCGGCCUCCCAGUUCUGGAACGACUGUCGAAAAUACGACGUCACCGUUUUCCAGUACAUCGGAGAGCUCUGCAGGUACCUCUGCAACCAGCCCGAGUCGGCGAAUGACGGCGUUCACAAGGUGCGGAUGGGCGUCGGCAACGGGCUGCGGCCGGACGUGUGGCGGGAGUUCCACGGUCGCUUUGGGAAUGUGAAGAUGUGCGAGGUGUACGGCUCCACCGAGGGGAACCUGUGCUUCAUGAACCACAUCGGCAAGAUCGGAACCGUGGGCCGCUCCAACUUCUUCUACAGGCUCUUGUUCAAGUACGACCUGGUGAAGUACGACAUGGCGAGGGACGAGCCGGUGACGGGUCCCAGCGGCUUCUGUCAGCGGGUGGAGAAGGGUGAGACGGGGCUCCUGCUGUCCAAGGUGAGCUCCCUGAGUCCGUUCUUCGGCUACGCCGGCAGCAAGCAGCUGACCGAGAGGAAGCUGAGGAGAGGCGUGUUCGUGAAGGGAGACGCCUACUUCAACACGGGCGACCUCAUGGCGGAAGACCACGAGGGCUUCAUCAGCUUCAGGGACCGCGUGGGGGACACCUUCAGGUGGAAAGGUGAGAACGUAGCGACCACGGAGGUGACGGAGGCCCUCGGUCAGGUGGACUUCAUCCAGGAGGUCAACGUGUACGGCGUGGAGGUGAAAGGACACGAGGGCCGAGCCGGCAUGGCCGCCAUCAUCACGAGGCCGGGCCUGGCGCUGGACGGCAGGAAGCUGUUCCACCACGUGAUGAGGGAGGUGGCGGCCUACGCGCGCCCGCUGUUCAUACGGCUGCAGGUUGUCAUGGAGACGACGAGCACCUUCAAGCAGCAGAAGUUCCAGCUGGUGCAGAGCGGCUUCGACCCGGCCGCCAUCUCCGACCCGCUCUACGUGCUGGACUACCAGCAGCAGAGCUACGUUCCCCUCACGGAGAACAUCUACCGCAGCAUCAUGACCGGAGAACGCAAGCUGUAGAACCCCGAGUGAGGACUGGGAACGAGGAACAGAGGGGAGGAAAGGAACCGAGAGGAACCGAGAGGAACUUAGAGGAACCGAUAUGAACUGAGAGGAACCGAGAGGAACCGAGAGGAACCGAUAUGAACUGAGAGGAACCGAGAGGAACCGAGAGGCACCGAUAUGAACUGAGAGGAACCGAGAGGAACCGAUAUGAACUGAGAGGAACUGAGGAACCGAGAGGAACCGAUAUGAACUGAGAGGAACCGAAUGAACUGAGAGGAACCGAGAGGAACCGAUAUGAACUGAGAGGAACCGAGAGGAACUGAUAUGAACUGAGAGGAACCGAUAUGAACUGAGAGGAACUGAGAGGAACCGAGAGGAACUGAUAUGAACUGAGAGGAACCGAGAGGAACUUAGAGGAACCGAUAUGAACUGAGAGGAACCCAGAGGAACCGAGAGGAACCGAUAUGAACUGAGAGGAACCGAUAUAAACCGAGAGGAACCGAUAUGAACUGAGAGGAACCGAUAUAAACCGAGAGGAACCGAUAUGAACUGAGAGGAACCGAUAUGAACUGAGAGGAACUGAGAGGAACCGAUAUGAACUGAGAGGAACCCAGAGGAACCGAGAGGAACCGAUAUGAACUGAGAGGAACCGAUAUGAACCGAGAGGAACCAAUAUGAACUGAGAGGAACUGAGAGGAACCCAGAGGAACCGAAAGGAAUCAAAAGGAACCGAGGAACUGAGAGGAACCGAUAUGAACUGAGGAACCGAGAGGAACCGAUAUGAACUGAGAGGAACCGAUAUCAACUGAGAGGAACCCAGAGGAACCGAAAGGAAUCAAAAGGAACCGAGGAACUGAGAGGAACCGAGAGGAACCGAUAUGAACUGAGGAACCGAGAGGAACCGAUAUGAACUGAGAGGAACCGAUAUCAACUGAGAGGAACCCAGAGGAACCGAAAGGAAUUGAAAGGAACCGAGAGGAACUGAGAGGAACCGAUAUGAACUGAGAGGAACCGAUAUGAACUGAGAGGAACCCAGAGGAACCGAAAGGAAUCGAAAGGAACCGAGUGGAACCGAGAGGAACCGAUAUGAACUGAGAGGAACCUAGAGGAACCGACGUUGUGUAGUUAACAGGAUGAGUUGAUCACACACACUUUGUGAAACGUCCGAUAAACAAUCUGCACCUGAAGGCAUCACGGUGGAACAUGUCUGCUGUGUGUUGGUUCUCCGUGACGUCGUAUCCGUCCAUCUCUUCAUUUACAGAUCAAUAUAAAUAUCUGAUGACGUAAAGAUAAUAAAGAGAAGUUCUAAGUAUUUUCAGCUCUAAAAUAAUAAUUAAUAGUCGGGUUAUUCUUUAAAAUUCACGUAUGUAAUAGUUUUACAGUAAAUAAUUAAUAAUGGGGUUAUUGUUAAUAUUAUUAUUAAUAAUAUUCUGUAUUAUAUAAAUUGUUUUUAAUGGUCUUUCUAAAUGGAUACAAAUCCAUUUAAAGUGCCUUAAUUCCACCCGUACUGAAGGGUUCAUUGAUGGAAUUUAAAGGUCCAAAAGUUCAUUUUAUGAGGAAGAUUCAGGAAUGUUUUUAUAAUCUACAAACAAAUGAAUUCUCACAGAUAUUUUUGCUACUUUACUGACAGUGAAAUUGUUUUAAAUGUAUUUGUGGUCAACAAAUUUAUCCAGAGAUGUUUUUCAGUGAUUUUACUUCUUCAGCAGAAUGACGUUGACAAAGUGAUAUUUUUAAUAUGAAGAGCUCAAAGUUCUCGACAUUCAUGUUUUCUUUUAAUUCUGUGAAUGUUUUGAUUCCACGAUUUAUUUAUUCAUUUUAUUACCUUUGCAUUGAAAAUGCGGAAGGUUAUGUUUUGAUCGCCGUGUAUUUGUAUGCGUGCGUGUUAUUCGCAUAAGUAAAAAAGUAUUAAACCGAAUCGCAUGACAUUUGGUGGGAUGAUUGAUUAUUAUCCGGGGACCAUUUGAUUAGAUUUUGGGAUCGAUCGGGUCAAAUGUCAAGGUCAAGGUCAUGAAAAGGUAAAAAUCUUCUUUUUACCAUAGCGCGUCAAUUUUUAUCCAAUUGGCAUGCAACUAAUGCCAAAAUGUUCAUAAUUCAAUGCCCAAUUUUGUGAUAUGCGAAGGUAUGCGCUCUACCGAGUGUCCAUUCUAGUUUAUUUAUGUUUUACUUGGUUGUUCAUGUGCUGCUGCAUUCAGGGAACCCUUCCAGGUGACAUGAGUGUUCACUGAACGUGGGCAGCAUCAGGGCAGGCGGGAUUUGAACCAUCGACCAAAAUAAGCUUAAGAAGUUUCUGCUCACGUAUUUAAUUCCAGUGUAUCACCAGAGAUAAUAUGUGUAAUGUUCUCGUAAAUAAACACAACAGUGACUGAA